AUGGAAUUCCUUCGAUCCCCCAGAUCCAGAUCCAGGUUCAGGAUUCCCAGUCGAAAUGAUACGAUGAUGGCCCGAAGGAUUCCAAUGAAUUCUCAUUCAAAAGAUAAGAUGCAACAGGAUAAGAUUUACUCGAUAAUCAAGACCAUCAAAUGUAGCCGCAUGGUCAUCCUCACAUCUCACAUUCCCCAUCAGCAAUCAAUCAAUCAAUCAAUCAAUCAAUCAAUCAAUCAAUCAAUCAAUCAAUCAAUCUCAUGUAUAAUAGGAAUGACGCGUAACAGAUCCGAACCAGUGGGAGAAUGA